AUGAACGGUCGCCUCAUACUCGCCAUGCUGGCCGUGGCGCCCAUGUCCGAGGCUCGCUUCGGUCGCUUGGCGCGAGCUGACCCCGAGUGCUGCCCGUGCCCGCCGCCGUUGGGGUCGCCACGCACGACUAUCACAUUCACAGUGACACAGCAGGCCACCCAGCUGCCAACUGUCACCGUGUACAAUACCGUUACCGUCACUCCUGCGGCUGCAGCUCCCCAAACAGUCACUGUCAACGGGAGCGCAACUGUCACGCAGCUGGCGCCAGAGACGCACACCGUUACCGUAAAGGAGUCCGUCAUGGCAUCAUGCUCACUGGUGUAUUUGACGCAACAAACCACAAUUACUCCCACAAGUCCCGUUACCACGGUCAUUGUUCAACCCCAGCCUCCCCCGCCACAAGGACCCCAGCCCGUCGUCACCAAGGUCGCCCCGGCGCCAGAGGCACAACAGCAGGCACCGGUGUCCAUACCAAGCCCGCCUGCGCCAGCCGGGCCGCCAGCUGCGAACGUCACACCUCAAGCAGCGCCUCAGCCCGCACCCACGGCACCCGCAGCUGCCUGUCCCCCUCUCACCACUUCCACAACCGUUGCCACCGUCUACAACACCAUCACUCUCACCGUCGAGAAUACUAGCACGGCCAACAUGACGUCAGGGCCUAGCGCACAGCCAACAGUGUUUAUCAAGCCUACCAACUUUGCACGGGGUCGCAGUCCGCGCGCCCCGACUGCAGGAAUUGCCUAG